GAAUCAACUUGUCUUGAUUUGUGUUGGUGUAAGCAUGGUUGUCAUUGCAGCUGCUAUUUGUACUAAAUUAGGAAAAGCAAUUGUGUCGCGACAAUUUGUUGAGAUUACACGGUCAGGAAUCGAAAAUCUAUUAUCAGCUUUCCCAAAACUCAUUGCAGACAACAGUAAAUAUUACACAUAUGUAGAUGGCCCAGGAGUUCGUUAUGUCUAUCAAAUACUAGAAGAGAACUUUUACGUUGUUCUCAUUACGAAUAAAGCGAGCAACAUUAUAGAAGACACCAAGACGCUACAGCUAAUAAACUCAAUUAUUUAUCAACAAUGUGGUACUAUCUGCGAGGAUCAAAUCGUGCUUAAUGCAUUUGAAUUGAUAUUCGCCUUAGAUGAGAUGAUUUCUUUGGGGCACCAAGAGCGAAUUACUUGUUCCCAAGUCAUGCAGUUCCUAGAAAUGGACUCACUGGAAGAAAAGAUGGCAGAAAUGGUGCGAAGAAGUCAGGAGCAAGAAGCUGCAAGAGAGGGCAGAAGACGGGUUAAAGAAAUCGAGAGAAAAAAAAAGGCACAGAUGCAACACUCAGUGUAUAGUAUUUCUUCAAAUAGUGAGAAUUUUUAUGGGGGAAGUAGUCUUGGCGAAAAAAUAGAUGAAGAUCGAUCUCAUGGCAUCGAUACUACUCCUAAAGAAUUGUUCAACAAUCCAAAACAGUCUGGCAAGGUCUUAUCGCCUGGUAAAGCUUUACCAACAACUAAAAAAAAUCCAAACGCUUCUUCUGUUCGAAAGGGAUUGAAGUUGAGUAAUGCGAAGCUGAAUGAAUAUCAAGAUAUUGUGCAUCAGGAAUUGUUAACUAUGGAUGGACAGAAAGACAUUACUAAUGCCGAUGAGCAGGAACAACUUGUCACUAAGGGAAGUAUGUCCGACAAAACUUCUGAAGAUGAAGAUCAAAACUUUUACAUUACUAUGAAUGAGAAUCUCUUCGCGAAACUUGAUAGAGAAGGAAAGUUAAAAGAUAUGGAAGUGCGCGGAAACUUUGACAUUUUGAUACAUAAUAGCCAGUAUACACAGAUAUCUGUUGUGUUUGAGCCCAAAAAAAUCUCUAAUAUACCGUUUGAAUAUAAACUUCACCCUAACUGCGAUAAACAGCGGUUUUUAGAGCAAAAUACAAUCGUGUUAAAAGAUACAAAUCGGGAGUUUUUAGUUGAUGCAUCUAACAUGGUACUCCGUUGGCAUGCAACAAGUCAAGAUACGAAACAUUUGCCACUAUUAAUUAAUUGUUGGUCUACAAGCAAUCCUGAUGUUAAAACGCUUUUCAAUCUAGAAUACGAGUUGUGCGAUGUGAGUUUAAAAAUUCAUGAUCUUAUUGUAAGCAUUCGCAUUUCCACUGAAAGCGUACCACGUAUUACAAGUGUAGAUGGAAAGUAUUUGUAUAACCAGGGCCAAAGGAUAUUGGCAUGGAAAGUACCUGUAAUUGACUCUUCAAAUGCUACAGGAACAAUAGAAUUCGAGCUUGAUCGUUGCAGUUCUCGAGAUGUUGAGAGUAUGUUUCCGGUCCAGGCUACUUUCUAUGCGUGUUCAACCAUGUUCGGCAUGAAGCCUGCUAAUGUGGUUUACAGAGGAGACGUCCUAGAGUAUAAGUUUGAGCCUAAACUAGUUGCAGAAUAUUUGAUUGAAUAAAAGCAAGAUGAUUACGUUCUCA